CAUGGCGGCCUCCCUACAUCGCAUCGGGGCAGCUGGGAGGCACUUGAUAAAGAGGAAUUUGAUCACAACAACAGCACUAACACUGCCUGCUCGGUUAAGAAGCACCCAAGCUGCGUGUCAUGUCGCAUUAAACGUCCCCGAAACUAAGGUCACCGCUCUGGAAAACGGACUACGGGUGGCCUCCGAGAACUCCGGUUUACCCACAUGCACCGUUGGCUUGUGGAUCGAUGCAGGUAGUCGCUAUGAGAACGCCAGGAACAACGGCACCGCACACUUCCUGGAACACAUGGCCUUCAAGGGCACCAGGAAGCGUUCUCAGCUGGACCUGGAGCUGGAGAUUGAGAACAUGGGAGCACACCUGAACGCCUACACGUCACGAGAACAGACCGUCUACUACGCCAAAGCAUUCUCUAAAGACCUACCACGAGCGGUGGAGAUCUUGGCGGACAUCAUCCAGAACAGCACUCUGGGAGAGGCGGAGAUCGAGCGGGAGAGGGGCGUCAUCCUGCGGGAGAUGCAGGAAGUGGAGACCAACCUACAGGAAGUGGUCUUCGACUACCUCCACGCCACAGCCUAUCAGGAGACGGCACUGGGACGCACCAUCCUGGGACCCACCGAGAACAUCAAAACCAUCAACAGAGGAGACCUGGUGGAGUACAUCACUACACACUACAAGGGACCUCGCAUAGUGCUGGCAGCGGCAGGGGGUGUGAACCACAGUGAGCUGAUUGAUCUGGCCAAGUUCCACUUCGGCAAGCUGGUCGCCGCAGAGAGGAUGGCCCCGGCCCUACCGGCCUGCCAAUUCACAGGAAGUGAGAUCCGUGUGCGUGAUGACAAGAUGCCGCUGGCCCACAUAGCGAUCGCGGUGGAGGCGGUCGGCUGGUCUCAUCCAGACACCAUCCCCCUAAUGGUGGCCAACACACUGCUGGGGAACUGGGACCGAUCCUUUGGAGGAGGAGUGAAUCUCUCCAGUAAGUUAGCCCAGAAGGCGUGUCAGGGUAACCUGUGCCACAGCUUCCAGUCCUUCAACACCUGCUAUACCGACACCGGCCUCUGGGGGCUCUACAUGGUGUGCGAGCCGGGCACCGUCCACGAGAUGAUGCACCACACGCAGCAGGAAUGGAUGUUCUUGUGUACGGCUGUGAGUGAGUCUGAAGUGGAUCGGGCCAAGAACCUCCUGAAGACCAAUAUGCUACUACACCUGGACGGGUCCACCCCCAUCUGUGAGGACAUUGGAAGACAGAUGCUCUGUUACAACCGGAGAAUCCCUCUUCACGAACUGGAGGCCAGGAUUGAUGCUAUCACUGCUGAUACCAUUAAGGACGUGUGCACCAAGUACAUCUACAACAAGGCCCCUGCCAUCGCCGCAGUUGGCCCGAUAGAGCAGCUUCCUGAAUACAACCGCAUCCGCAGCGGCAUGUACUGGCUUAGGAACUAACUCCGAACCACCUGUUAACCACAACACACACACAUACACACACACACACACACACACACACACACACACACACACACACACACAGACGGGCACUUUCCUACAUGAACCUGUUAACCACAACACACACACAUGGGGGCACUUUCAUUCAUUUGCAAUGACGUGCAAAAUGGAUUCAUUCGUUUACAAGGUUGGUGGGACAUAUUCCAAAUUACAACAUGGCAUUGUCAAAGUCAAAGUCAAAAGGAUAACAUACCGUUUUGAACAGUCUAUCGCCGACAAGGCGGGAAAACGGUGCAAAUGGUGUCAUGUGACAAGUGUUUUUCCGUGGCAUUGAAGACCACGACUUGACUUGCAUUGGCGUUGGAUACAUACUCCUUUACAUCAUGCUCGUCUGCAAAUUACUUUUUUUUUUACCUGUCCAAUUUAGCCAGGUGAUUGAUUGGUUGAAUUAUCACCUGGUUGAAUUGUACAACAAAGGUUAUUUGGAAUAUGUGGCCCAUAGAUGAUAAUAAUAAAUAAUACGUUUUAUAUAGCGCCUUUCAAGUCGCUUUUAGAUUGUAAUUCAUGAAUCCAUUUUGCCCAUCACUGUACAUUAGUAACCAUCUACUUUAGUACAAUGUGGCUCCAGACCACAGCUUUACGAGGCUCUUCUACUGAACAGAUUUAUUACUUAACUUAUAUACUAUCAAGACUUUAUUUACUUGUAUAUGUACUUAAAAGUGACACUGCACCUGAUAAUUUCUGGAAAAAAUGCAAUUUUUUCCACCUCCCCUGGAGAUAAACAAUUGAGUUCGACUUUUCGCCUGUUCGUCUAGCCAUACUCUGUCUGGUGAUAAUACUUCUAAGGCAAAUUCCUUUAUCCACACUGCUGUCCUCCCUUGUGUUUGUGGCCUCGUGAAGAUAGAAGUUUAAUUCAAUAUCUCGCACAAGCGCAAUUCAAAGGUCCUUUUUCAUUUCUCAUUUGCAAUUGGGAUGUUGAUUGGGAAAUGUCCCCCAAAAGUUGUUGUGACUAGGCUGACAGCGGGGGAAACAAGCAUACGUCGAGGAUGGGAGUUUGGAUAAUGGAAGGCACCCAUAGUUCCAAGAUGGCUUGGAGGUAGAAGUUGCAUUGCAUUGCUUUGAAGAAGCGAAGAAAAGAAAGGCAAAACUGAAAUAUUUAACUCCAGGUAUAAAACCAAGAAAAUACCAGUUUCCAAAAAAAUUAUGGAAUUUCACUUUAACAGAAGAGUUGAAGACUUUUGUUGCGAAAUGACUUAACAUUUAUUUUUUGAAUUUUGCAUUUUAUUAUUGGAAAUUUAUGUUUGGGAAUUUAUGUUCAGGUGUCCUGUCAUUUAUGAAAAAAAUUUAUAAAAUGUAUUUUGCGAUGCAAUUCCCAAUACAAAAAAAUGUCAAUUUCCCAAAAUGUUCCAAAAUGGAUAUAUGGUACAUCAUUUUGCAACAAAGUUCUUCAGUUAUUACAAGGAAUAUCCCCCUCAGCUCAUGUAAAUUGUAAACAAGUGUUUUCAAGUCAAUAAAAACAAUAUGUAUGUUUCUGUA